ACUGAGUAGAGAAAAAUAAUUUAAUCGGCGGCGUAACGACGUAAACCAGAAUAAUUUGUAAGUUCGUUGAAGAUUCGUGGUUUUUAUCUUUUUAGAUACUUAAUGUUGUCUGUUACGAUUUAAUACUGGAGUGAAGGUCUCUUUUUCUUCAUUAGAAUCAACUCUGAAAGAUAUCUUGUGCCAAAUGAGAUAUAAUUAGAUACACAUAUACAAGUGUAUUGUAUAAAUGAAUAUUCCUCUCUCUUUUGUAAUAUAUAGAAUGGAUUGAGUGAUCUUUUGUUAUUUAAUGUUUAAUAGUAAAUGUGGCAGUUUCUACAUUUACAUAUAAAUUCAUAGUUCACUGAUUGUCUUAUUAUUAAUAUUGUGAGUUUUUUUCGUGGAUAUGGAUAGCAAAGAAUUUAGAGAAUUCGGAAAGGCGAUGAUCGAUUAUGUUGCCGAUUAUAUGGAUAAUAUUAGAGACAGAAACGUUUUACCUUCUGUGGAACCAGGGUAUUUAGAAAAAUUGGUACCCAAAGACACUCCUGAACUAGGAGAGGACUGGAAGUCUAUUAUGACAGAUAUAGAAAGAGUUAUAAUGCCGGGAAUAACUCACUGGAAUUCUCCUCAUUUUCAUGCAUAUUAUCCCACAGCUUGCAGCUUUCCCAGCAUAGUUGGGGAAAUUCUCAGCGCUGGGCUUUCCUCAAUCGGAUUUAGUUGGAUAAGCAGUCCUGCCUGCACAGAACUCGAAGUUGUUAUGAUGAAUUGGCUUGGAAAUUUACUGGGACUACCAGAGACAUUCCUAAAUUCAUCCAGCGGACCCGGUGGAGGUACAAUACAAGGCUCAGCCAGUGAAGCAACGUUAGUAGGUCUGCUAUCAGCGAGGGAAAAAACGGUCAAAGAAUUGAGGGAAAAUGAUCCUUCCUUAAGCGAAUCAGACAUCAGAGGUCGCCUGGUAGCAUAUACCAGCGAUCAAGCUAAUUCGUCUGUGGAAAAAGCCGGGUUACUAGGAGCAGUUCCAAUGAAACACGUGCCUGCAGAUGAAAAUGGAUGUCUUCGAGGAGAAGCGCUUCAAAAAGCUAUAGAUGAAGAUAAGAGAAACAAUCGCAUUCCGUUCUAUGUUGUGGCAACUUUGGGAAGCACUGGCACUUGCGCUUUUGAUAAAUUAGAAGAAAUUGGACCAAUUUGUAAGAAAGAAGGUGUGUGGCUUCAUAUCGAUGCUGCGUACGCAGGAACUGCCUUUGUGUGUCCAGAAUAUCGACCUUUAAUGAAAGGUGUCCAUUAUGCCGAUUCCUUCAACUACAAUCCACACAAAUGGAUGCUGGUGAAUUUCGAUUGCUCGGCCAUGUGGUUCCAGAACGUGAAGCAUUUGGUGGAAUCUUUCAAUGUCGACAGAAUUUAUUUGAAGCACCAACACGAAGGACAUGCACCAGAUUAUCGGCAUUGGCAAAUCGCCCUUGGAAGGAGGUUCAGGUCUUUGAAGUUAUGGUUCACAUUACGUAUUUAUGGCGUGGAAGGUAUCAGAAACCAUGUAAGGUCCCAGAUUGCUUUAGCAAAAUAUUUUGAAGAAUUAGUUUCCGGCGAUUCGCGCUUUGAGGUGCUCACUUCCAACUUAGGUUUGGUCUGCUUUCGAUUAAAGGGGGAUGAUAAGUUGACCAAAGAUUUGCUUCAAAAGAUUACAGAAAAAAAGAAGCUGUACUUGAUUUCGUGUUAUUACCGGAACAAAUUUGUUAUUCGCUUUGUAAUAUGCAGUCGAUUAACAAACUCCUCGGACGUUGAGUUUGCUUGGAAAGAAAUAUCUGGUAUUGCCAACGAAAUAAUACCAAGAAAAUUUUUUGAGAACGUAAAAAUGCCAUCCAUUAGUUCUAUUGCCGAUUCUUGCAAAAACAACGGAAUUGUGGGUUUGAACGACGCGUUUAGUAAGGGUGCAGCAUAGUAAAAGUUGUUUUUAUUUUUUCCCCGUAAAGUUUCAAUACAAAUUUUCAUUCAAACUAUUUCUUUUCAAGUCUGAAGUAAGAAGAAAAUGUAUUAUUAAUCUUUUAAUCGGGUAAAAACGGUACUAAUCAAAUAUUUAAAAGCUGUUUUUUUUUCUUCAAAAGAUUAAAAGAAUUUCUGACUGUCUUACACCUAAAAAAAAAUAGGUAAAUAGCUUUGAGAUAACAUUAAAAGAUUCUAUUAAUUUGUUCAUACUUAACAUUGCUCUCUACCUAAUGUUUUAAGAUAUCAUGAUUACAUGUGUUGCACUUUUACAUAAAGUAUCUCAAAGUCAUACUCUGCAGUUACCAAGAUAUCUAAGAGAAUAUUGUCGCUCUUAAUAUACUUUUAAUCUAAUUUUUUAGAAUUUAUAAAGGAAUCACUUUAUCAAUUAAUAGAACAUAAAAAUUACAUUACAAACCAUUGUUUAAUUGAAGGCAACUGUAGUUAUGGCAAGAUAUUGUAAUCGAAUUAUAAUAACACGUAUAAUGGCAGAGGCGGUGAGAUAACUGAAUUGAUUAAUUAAAUGUUAAUUAGAUUUAAAACAAAUACAUAAUUAGAUUAUCUUCCCAAAUGUUAUAUAAAAACUAUCGAUGCUAAUAGAUAUUGGGGUCUUAAUAUUGGGUAACAAAUAUUAAUACUUCAGGUUAUAUAUAAAGUACUAUUUAGUAAUACUCUUCUUUAUAUUAGAUUUAAUCAGUUUUAAUAAAUUUUCAAGUUGUUUUUUAAGAAAUCCUUAUUCUUUUACACUAUGUUGUUAUUAAAUAAAACAAUUUAUCGUUUUAAAUUUUGUUUAAUUA